CGACCGCAGAGGCUCCAAAUAGGGGUGGGUGGGAGGGUGGCUCUGUCUCCGCGGCGAGAGCACUCUGAGUUUCGGAUCGGUGGCGGCGAACUGCGCGCCCGUCGGGCGUCGGGGCUGCUGGAAGGAUGCGACGCCCGAGCGCAGCGUGGCUGCUGGGGGGCGCCAUCCUGCUGGCGGCCUCUGCCUCCUGCAAUCGCACCCUCCCAGGAACCAAUAGACUCUCUAAAGGAAGGAGCCUCAUUGGUAAGGCUGAAAGCCCCGCUCACGUCACCGGGAAAGGAGUUACAGUGGAACCAGGCUUCUCCGUGGAUGAAUUUUCUGCCUCCGUCCUCACGGGAAAGCUGACUACUGUCUUUCUUCCAAUUGUCUACACAAUUGUAUUUGUGAUUGGUUUGCCAAGUAAUGGCAUGGCCCUGUGGGUUUUCCUUUUCCGAACCAGGAAGAGGCACCCCGCUGUGGUUUACAUGGCCAACCUGGCCUUGGCAGACCUCCUUUCUGUUAUCUGGUUCCCUUUGAAGAUUGCCUAUCACAUACAUGGCAACAACUGGAUUUACGGGGAAUCCCUUUGCAAGGUACUCAUUGGCUUUUUCUAUGGCAACAUGUACUGUUCCAUUCUCUUCAUGACCUGCCUCAGCGUGCAGAGAUACUGGGUCAUCGUGAACCCCAUGGUGCACCCCAGGAAGAAGGCAAACAUCGCCAUCGGUGUCUCUUUGGGAAUAUGGCUGCUGAUUCUGCUGGUUACCAUUCCUUUGUAUGUCGUGAAGCAGACCGUCUACAUUCCAGCCCUGAACAUCACCACCUGUCAUGAUGUUUUGCCUGAGGAGGUGUUGGUGGGGGACAUGUUCAAUUAUUUCCUCUCUCUGGCCAUCGGGGUCUUCCUGUUCCCAGCCUUCCUCACGGCCUCUGCCUAUGUGCUGAUGAUCAGAACACUUCGAUCUUCGACUGUAGAUGAAAACUCGGGAAAGAAGAAGCAGAGAGCCAUCAAACUUAUUGUCACCGUCCUGGCCAUGUACCUGAUCUGCUUCACUCCUAGUAACCUUCUGCUUGUGGUGCAUUAUUUCCUGAUUAAAAACUGGAGCCAGAGCCACGUCUAUGCCCUGUACAUUGCAGCCCUCUGCCUCUCCACCCUCAACAGCUGCAUCGAUCCCUUUGUCUAUUACUUUGUUUCCCAAGACUUUAGGAAUCAUGCAAAGAACGCUCUCCUUUGUCGGAGCGUCCGUACAGUAAAGCAGAUGCAAGUAUCUCUCACAUCAAAGAAAUUCUCCAGGAAGUCCAGCUCUUACUCUUCGAGUUCAACCAGCGUGAAAACCUCCUACUGAGUUGUCCAGCUCCUCCCACAGAAGUUUUACAGGAUGAUCUGGAGGCUGCUUGGUGUUAUGGGGAUGUUUCCAUUGUUUCCUAGCCGAGCAGGUCCACCACAUACCAGGUAUCUGCAGCACCUCUCAGGAUUGCUGGAAGCUUCCUUGUUUGCAUGAGGAAAGUCCCCCAAGUUCACAUAGAUGUCACUUUCAGAAUUCCUCUACUCAGAUGCUCCCAGAAACGGAGCUGAUAGAAGCAGACUUUUCUGAAGGUGGUGAAAAGACAGAAACCCAGUGACUUGCAUGAACUAGUCUUGGCAUGAAGACUAAGUUCUUAGCUGAAACUCCAAUUCUUUUAUAUCUGGGGUCAAUCACAGCCCUCUUAGGGCUUAAGAGCCCUCAGGGAUGCUCGGUUCAGUUGACUGACUUUACAGAUGAGGAAAUUAAAGAGGUGAAGGAGGUACCCAGAGUCAGGUUUCCAACCAAUGGCAGAGUUAGGAUUGAACAGUAGAAUGUGAAUGGUCAGUUGGGGUCUUGGUCCCUCAUCGAAAUCAUUGUGGAUCUUGUUAAAAAAUGCAGGUUUGUCAGACUCAGGAAUGAGAGCUCAGAGUCUGGGAACAGAGCCCAGGAACCUGCAUGUUCACAAGUCUGCCUGAUGCUCUGGCACACCGAGGCUGGAGAACCGCUCGGCUGGGUGCUGCCUUCACUCCACAAUGUGCUGUAGUAGCUGUUGAAGAGAAGCAAAGAAGGGCUCUGUUUCUUUGUGGUGUUCAGCUUGUAAUGAAAUCUGUUUAUUGACUUAUCAGGACUUUCAAUUACGUCUUUAUUAAUCCUUUGAGCUUUUGUAUGUGUCAUUAUCACAUCAAGGAAAACACAAUGAGGAUUUUAAAUGUGGAAAUACAAAUGUUGUGUAACUUUUUUACUGACUUUGGUGAAAUCUUCAGGUAGUCUGAGUAACAUGCUGUUUUGUAACUCAGAGUAACGUUUACCGUUUAGUAUUUUAAAAAAAUUAUUUUUGGACUAUUUAUUGUCAGUUUCAUUCGCUUAAGUAUGAAACUAUAAAGACUUCACUGGGUUUGAACCACAUCUGUUUGGAAAAGAACACUGAAAUAGAUUGAUUUGCAAUGUAUUUAAGAGGGACUUGAAUCCAAGCUGACUAUACAACUGUUGUAUUUGUGACUUUUUAAAAUAAUUAUUUUAUUGUAUGAUUGAUUUAUAAAUAACACAUGGCUUUUUUUUUACAACUUAUUUCUGAAUUGCGUGUGUUUUGUUUCUUGUUUUUGCAGGAGGGGGAGGGAGAUGGGAAGCAAUACAUUACUCUUCUAACAAGAAACGAUGUGAUGCGUACACUUUAUGUUUUACAUAGGCCCGCCAUACUGUACAUAUUGCUCUGUGACAAUUGUUUUUCAUUUAACUAUGUUUUAGGAUUCUUUCCAUGCCUGCAUCUAUAGGUUGACCUUCUUUUUUUUCCCCCCCCUGAGGAAGAUUGGCCCCCAGCUAACAUCUGUUGCCAAUCUUCCUCUUUUUGCUUGAGGAAUAUUGUCCCUGAGCUAACA